UAUUAUUGAUUACGAGCAAGAACAGCGAUGAAUAACACGAGCUUUCCAGCCGAGAUCGAGUGGGGUUGGGCCCCCUUUACUUGGGAAUGGUGGGUCGUCACACAACUUGCGUUUUCACUCAUGGGCAUUGUCGGCAACAUUCUCGUCAUCAUCGUCGUAAUCCGCCGUGGGAAAACUAGAUUCGCAACCGAUAUUCUCAUCGGAAACCUGGCAUUUGCCGACUUCUUCACUUCUUUGUGGAUGAUACCCAGACCCCAGAGCGAUUCGAUACCGGAUAACUGGAAAGGAAUGCUAUACUGCCGGAUCGAGUAUUCGAAUGUCUUCAUGUGGAUAUCCACGGUUGCUUCGGUGUUUAUACUCACGGUUAUAUCCGUGGAACGGUUAGUUGCUGUCAAGUAUCCGCUGAAAUUCAAGUUGAUUUUCUCAGUGCAGCGAUCACUUUGGCUUGUUGUGUUUUCUUGGAUCGGAGCCGCGGUAUUAAAUACAUAUACUCUGGCAAUAUCUAAAUAUGAUAGCGAAAACCACACGUGCAAGACUGAGUUGAUUGGAAAUGGAGCACAUUUGGCGACCGGAACUCUGCUGUUUCUGUUCAAAUACAUGAUUCCGAUUGCUGUCAUGAUUGGCAGCCAUCUUGCCAUCAUCCGGGAACUCCGAGCAGACGCGCGCAGUUUUGAAGCGGACGGGCGCAAUUCGUUUGAAAACCCCACCCACCAUAUUUCGCAGACAAUACGCAAGAUGACGCACACUGUGCUAAUCGUCGUCAUAGUAUUUAUCGUCUGUUGGUCUCCGGAUCAAAUAUGUUUCUUUCUCUUCAAUCUAAAUGUGUACCCGGCGUACAUGUACUCGGAUAUUUACCGGGUGUUUGUCUGCCUCGGUUUUGUUAAUUCUUGUUCGAAUCCGUUCAUAUAUUCCGUCAGGAACGAUAAAUUUCGCAAAGAACUUUCUAUCGUUCUAUGCAUUUCAAAGCACGGGGCAAAAGAGUCUAACUUGUAUUUCAAAACAAUAUCUGGCCAAAUUAACGAGUGACAUAUCAUUUGGUUUUAUAGUAGCAACAAGUAAAUUAUCAUCUACCACUGAAGAAAGCUCAUAUGUUUGAUUGUGCAUCUGA